AUGAAUAUUUCGAUAUUAGCGAUUAUCGAUGGCCGCCAUCCCUACCAGGAAGGUAGUGAGGUUUUUCUAAUGAAAAAGUGGUCACCUACAUUUGAUUGA